UGCCCAUGUUUUCAAGGACCCUGCAGUUUCCCACACUGCAGCAAUCCACCAAGAUAAAGUAAGAGUUGGUGAGCUUCAGAUCUCAUAGCAAAUUGUUAAUCAGCCUGACAGGCUAGCCCGGGGCCUAGCAGAGUUAAGCUGAGGCCUGUUACUACCAUGACAAUUACCUUCAUGGGCACAUAAACACUUAGACUGUGUUACUUGUCUUACGCUUGAGUUCCAAACAACCCAUUCCUGUGGUGUGCUUAGGUUCUUUUUCAGCCGCUCCAACCAUCCACAUACAGUUCCAUGAGGGGGAUCUCGUCAGUGGUCUGGCCUGUUCAGAACUGCAGCUAGUAUUCAAAAUGCAGAUUCUUCUCAGUGAUAUCUUAGAAAUUAAAUGGCCUGACCCUGCAACAGCUGAUCUGACAAGAUGUUUAGACAACGGCAGUGUGAAGAUCUCAUCUGUAGAUGGCUACGCUCACCUUUACUUGUCAGAAUUGCAGCGAGAAUUUACAGUGGAGUUCUUAUGUAAAGUCAGCCAGUCAUCUGCAGCAUCCUCAUGCUCCACUGAAAAGAACAGCAACUAUCAAAGCAGAGAUCAGUGUGGAAAACCAAGUAAAAAUUCUGCAGCAGAAGUCUCAUCACAACAAAGAAGAAUAGAGAAUAGGAAUAAAUGUGGUUGUGCUGAAGGUAGAUAUAGGGAACCAGCCAAACCAAAGGACCAAAGAGAUGGAGUCCCUUUGUUCCACACAAAUUGUUCUUCUGAAUACGCAUGGGUUACACAGCGUUGGGCUGUUUCCUUGUGCCCAGAAGAAUGGAAACACCCUUUGUCCUUGGCCCUAAAAUGCUGUAACUUGCAUACUGUGGAAAAUGUAAUAAAGACAAACAGCUGUACAGCCCUUGAAGGUGAUGUUUUAGUAGACCCUGAAACACAUGAAACAGUUUCUUCUUUACCUACAGCUUUGCCACUCAGCUGCAGAGCUCCACAUCUACACAGGUGGACAUUUUGUGACUUCUUUCAGAAUGAAGAUACGGAUGACUAUUCACUCCAUCAGCUAAUUCAAGUUGUGUGGUGCCAGGGUGUUUUCUACAGAUUUAUCCAUGAUAGGACAAACAUCACAGAAAUUUAUCCUGGUGAUGACUCAUUUUUCAAGUCAGAGGGAGCAUUUUUGGGAAAAUAUUUCAUGCAUUAUGCAAUCCACAAAGGAACAAAAAAGGUGGAAGAAAAGAUGUAUUCAGUGAGCAGCCUACCUCCAGAUGUGCCAGGACGUCCAUACUCUGUAUCUUCCAUUAUUACCCUGGCAACCAAAAUUCUUCAGUAUUGCUGCAAAACAAAACUGUCAUUAAGUCAUAAUUAUUAUCUCUGCUGCUGGAAAGUGGUAUCUGAGACCGAUGGACGAGAAAUGCUGCCAGUUUUGAUACAUGAAAAGGUUUUUCCCAGCACAGGAAGACUGAUUGUAUACUCAGACCAUAAAGUCCAUGCUGUUUUUUGGGAUAGGAUAACCCUGACUAUGAUCUGGGACUUCAGCUCUUCCUGUAAUGAGAUCCAGAUAAAUGAAGAUGUAGGCUGGUGUAAGUUAACUACUCCGGAUGGGCUACAGCAGCUAAUACAAAUAAGUCAUCCUGGAGUCUAUGAAAGGUACAUCAGAACAGCAAUAGAAUGGUGCAGAAGUUUGAAUGAAAGGAAAGUGAUUGCUGAAUAUCCUGCACACUCUGUAACUGAAGAAAAUUGGUCUGCUGAUGCUGAGCUUGAAAAAAUACAGAGAUUUAAUUUUUUAUUAGACAAUAGCAACAUUCUGAAAGGGACAGCUGCUGCAAAAUCCAAUCCAUCGGGUAUCACUGUCAGAAAAAAAGAAAACGGGGUUGAGGCAGAAGAACUCAAUGAAGACUGUGUCUUGGAGGCUUUGGAAAAAACUUCUAAAGUCAUUCAGGAUAUUGAAUCUCUGCUUGCUGUUUCUGGGAGAUGAAGCAGCAGUUGAUGUCCUCACAGGAGCCGUCCCAGCUGUGUCUGAGGAGGCUUUGUGGGGAGAGAGGAAUAAAGGCUGAAGCCAGAGGGACAAGUUGCCAGCACAUUCCUGCUGAAGUCUGUCAGGUGCCAGCGUACUAUCAACAGUAACACCAGCGCUAUAUUUGAAAUAGGCAGGGAGAAAAGUUGAGAUAAUGGAGCACUGCUGUAUAAAUAGAUCAGGGCUGACCUGACCAUAUUGCUUUUAAUGUUUGAAUAUAUGUUCAAAUCAACUUAAUUGAUGGAUCGCUGCUGAAAUGACCAAGGUAGACACAUGUAGUUUUCACUGUAAAAACGUGCUUUUAUUCAGGUGCUUACACCAAGAAAUCUUAAUUACCAAAUAAAAUGUUUCCCACAUGC